AUGCCUACUCAAUUGCAGAUCAAAGUCGACGCGUUGAAAAGGGUCAUCAAGGAGGAAAAAUUGUAUAGACAGGAGGUGGCUGAGCAGGACAAAUACGUCGCGCAGAUGAAAGCCAACAAUGCUGACGAGUACGAGAUCAAGAAGCAGGUCGAGGUGCUCGAGGAGAGUCAACGGAUGGUGCCUGUUGUCGGUGACAAGAUCAAGGAGUUGAAGCAGUCGCUAAAAGAGUAUUUGGGCACUUAUACUGGGGAAGAGGACACAAGUGAAGCUAAAUCGCUAAUUUAG